CUCGCAGCGUACACAAAUUCGCUGCCUAGAGGGCGCGUUCUGGUUUGUCGCGUCGCGUCGCUCGUUUACUGUAAAUGUAAAUGGAGGAAUUGGAUCCGAAACUCUCACUCCUCUCCCCCUGACUCACCGACAAACAAAGUGGGACGCUUGAAUUUGUUAUACCACACCACGGAGACGUUUGCACUGCUUUUUAUACACCGCCGCGUCACAAGUAAAUCUCGCGUUUCGCGGAGCUGGAAAAUAUGUGUAUAACUAAUAACUACUGACAGCGGUGAAAACCAUUGCACUCACGAAUGUCAUGCACUGAUCAAGAGCCUUUGCCUUCUGUGACUUUCAGCGGACUUAAUAACAACCAACAUGAAGCAGUCAGGUACAGUCAGAGCGCGUUGCCUAUUCUAAAGGACUUUUAAACUUGUUGAAAUCAUUGUAAACAUGGAAGAGGCAGGCGCUGGGAACGGUGCUGGGACGCAGGGCUGUGAACUGGAGCGUUCUGGAGACGGAGGACUGGAUGAGGUGCAGAUGCAUCUCGCCUGCUUACCGGAGCGAUACAUGAGAGCCAAGUUUUCCCUCUCCGCGUACAUAUUUUGUUGGACAGUAGUAAAGUUGUGUCAGCGAUUAAGACCGUCACCAGUUCUUCCCCAGGCCCCAGCUUUAGAGGACUCUGGGAGUGAGGCAGCUUGUCUGGAUGAUGGGGAGUCUCAGCAGGAGGAGCAAGGAGAGCAACAGGACCAUCAGGAAUGGUGUGAGCCGGUUCCUGAAGCAGCACAGGACACAAAAGAGGAAUAUUUUGACACACACUCAUGGCCCAGUGACACUUUCUCUGAAUCGAGUCAUGAAACUAAGGACUGCUGCAGGACACCGCUCAGCUAUGAGGUUGGAUCUUGCUCUAUGGGUCAUCUGGACACACACUCUCCAUUUGUCAAACCGUCACCUUUGGUUAGAGGGAGAAAUCCCUCUUCAACAAAACAGCAUCAUUCUGUCAAUCAUGCUGACAGUCUCUGUAGAACAGUGGAUAGAGAGCAAUUGCAAAUACAGACUGGAAAUAUGGGGGUGAUGCACAUGGGAGUUGAUGGCACUGGAAUGUCUCAAGCUAAGGGUGCUCUGGAAUGUGAGGAGGUUUUCAACAAUUCUCCAGCGGAACCUGAAGUUGAUUCUUCUUCAAGGAAUGGCCAAUCCUAUGUAGUAGCACCUCUACUGGCAUUAGAGAACUCUGUGGAACCGCAAACACUCACUGAGCCAUGUGCUAAUGACUCAUUAUUGACCUUAACAGACAGUGAUGGAGCCAAGUUUCAGUUUGCUGACACCUUUGAGGGAAAAUCAAAAUGGGAUCAAAUUAACAAAAAUAUCACGAACACUCAGUCAGGACACAAUGAGCCGCAAAUACAGUUCAUAACCUCAAGUGAGAAACAGUUACAGCAAAAUGAUAUUGACAGUAGUAACACUGAAAUACAGUUGAUUUCUAAUGCAUCUGUUGCGAAUAGUAAAGAUGCUGAAUGUCAUGAGUUGGGUGUUGAUGAAAAUAAGAUCAGUUUAUCUGUAUCACGUCAUCUUUUUGUAUAUGAGUCUGUAUCAGUUGAGAAGCCUAUUGAACAGAAGGUCGAGGAGUCAACAAAACACAGCCAUUCACAGCCCUCAGUAGAGCACAGCCAAUCACAGUCUUCAGUAGAGCACAGCAAAUCACAGGCCUCAGCAGAACAUAACCAAUCACAGGAUUCUGUAGAAUGCAGCCAAUCACAUAACUCAGCAGAACACAGCAAAUUACAAGACUCAGCAGAACACAGCCAAUCACAGGCCUUAACAGAAGACAGGCCAUCACAAGAUUUUGUUGAACACAGCCGAUCACAGGACUCAGUAGAACACAGCCGAUCACAGGACUCAGUAGAACACAGCCAAUCACCGGAUUCUGUAGAACACAGUCAGUCACAGGAUUCUGUAGAAUGCAGCCAAUCACAGAAUUCACUGAACAGUAGAAACAAUGAAUACAGCUCAGACACAAAUAAUAAUAUUAAAGCCAUUACUUUAGAAGAGUGUGCCUCAGGUGAACAGAUCUCUUUGCCCAAUUCUUUGCAAAAAUACAGCAGGGUUACCAGCAAUGCUGGAUCUUUAGUUUCAAAAGGUGGUGAUUGCAAAGACAGUGACUCUUAUAGCGCCCCUGCUAGUCAGGCCACUCCCUUUAAAGCACCUGAAAUGAGGAUGGCAAUGAAUGGCGAAGAUAAUGUUGCUAAACCCUCUGAAUUUAAUGAGUGUAGCAGCUAUAGAAAUUAUAUAUUAAAGCAGCUCUGUGAUUGCUCUGGUGGAAAGGAUUGCCAGCUGCACUCGUCUGCACUGGAGGGAGAGCAGACAUCAGGAGGAUUUCAGCUCAAGGGCACAGACGGCAUCAGUCAAAGCAGAACUGCAGUGUUGCAAACCUUGAGUCACACACACACAGAUGACCAUUACAGCACACAUGGAGAGGUUAAUGCAGACUCUACAAACUGUGAAUUUUCGCAUAUUGGCCAUUUGCUUGCACACAAACAUCCAGAGCUCGUCCAAGAGAAAAGCAUAUUACCACUGGUUGGUGGCUCUCUUAAGGUCGAUGAUACUUAUGCAUUAGAAAACAUGGAGAGAAAGCUUGAAGCUUUUAUGGCAAACUCUCCUGAAAGCACUGAUUCAAUAUGUGAAACUUCUGAUCCUCUUUGUAAGCAAUCUUUGCAACUGCACAACUCGGAGAUCGAGGACACAUUUGUUACAUGUUGCCGUAUUUUACCCAUCACUAAUUUAGAGGCCAUUUUGGAGUUGGACCGUUCUCCAGAAAGCUCAUUUGUGACUAAAAACGGACUGGAGCAACAGAGAGGAAGUCCAUUAUCAGAAGUUGGAUUCAGUGAGGAAUGGAGCUCUUGUGAUGACGUCACAACCCGCCCACAUGUGGACGUUUCUGCCAUGUGGACAAAAGCCAGUGUAGCCACUGUCAUGAAUGAACCAGAUGCUGGAGAAACAAUGAACUCUUUAUCAAAUGGAUUUGAUAGCAGUGAUGGUUAUAGUGUUUCCAGUUUUGUGUCACAAGACCUUGACUCCAGUACCAACAGCGAAGAGAUGGAGGACAGCACUCAGUCAUCAUCUAGUCUUCAUGGUUCUGCAAGAAAUAAGAGAACCCAAUCAGGGAAGGGCUCUGUGUUUUCAGUUUUUUCUAGAAUCCCCUCAUUCCGCAAGAUCAAAUGGGAACACAAAGGCAAUAACAAGGUUGAUCCAGAAAUUAAGGACUCCAACGAGGAUGGAGAUGAACGGAAUGAGGUGAAGUACAAUAGGUCUCUCACACGUAACAAAUCCAACCCUUCACUGUACAAUACCCCUAUUUCUCAUAGUACAGAUCAUCUUACAGACAUUUCAAAAUUUGUUGACCACUCCAAUGAUGAUAUUUUUGAAGAAGCUUUUUCUUUGAACUUGCACAAUAGAGAGCAAUAUGUGCAAUGUCAAAAUUUGUAUCAGCAGCAGCAACAGCACAAAGAUGGAGACGUACUGAAAUGCAGAGCUUCCCCAAUGACAGAGGGACUGCAACAAAAGAGAAGCAAAAGUACCGACAACUUAAACUUACGCAUGAAGCUCGCAAUAGCUCACAAGUCUCUGUCUAGCCUGUUUGAGUCCAGAUAUCCUGAGAGGGACAACCAGGAGCAGAUUUCACAGUCCGAGAACGAGGAGGUAAAAACCAAGCAGUCCUGGAGGAAGAUGAAACGCUCUAAGGAAGCAGAACUUUACAAAAGAACUCUAUCGGUUCCUGGGACGACCUGUGACAAGUCCAUACAUCAGAGCCAUAUCGAUUGUGCCUUCUGUGCUCAUCAGAACAGGUCCAGACUUAACAGCUCACUAGCUUCUCAAAAGAGUUUGAUGAACCAGUGCCAUUCUGAUUCACAGAGUUUGAAAUCUGGACCUCAGUCUGAUGAUAGUAAAUGUCUGGAAGGUGGUGAGCUGCCUUGUGCCCCUUACUCAGAUUCUGAGGUCUCAGUAGAUGGCUUUGAGGCCAAUGUUGAGGAAAGGUCACAAUCACCUGUACACCCCACUGUUUUUGCGCUCGCAAACCAGAUAUCACCUACCUGGACCAGAUCAUUAAGCUGUUUUGAGACCACUGAUACUCCGACGAGGCCCAUGAGCCCCAAACCUCACAGUCCUGGUCUGGGUUGGACACACCAGAGGAGCUUCCGUUACCCCUCGAGAUCCGUUGCAUCUUCUCUCUGCUCGCUCGGUCAGGGAGUGAGCACUGACGGUCUCUCCGAUCCACCUCUGAGACCGACGUCUCUGAAGCCAAGGACAGCACAACUCACUACAGCCCACUCUUUUGAUUCUGAGUGCUUACUAGAGGACAGCAGUUCAGACAGCCAGUCUCAAAAUAGCCUGAAUUCAGCAUCCCUGAUCAACAAACCAGAGGUGAGACAAAGGCAAUUAUGA